UUAUGUUCAACCUGCAGUUUUUGGGUAUUCGCCCAUUUAGGAAAACAUAGAAAUCUCUUGGAAACUCCACGCGCUCGAUCGAUCAAUCCUCUCUGUUUAUUUAACCCGCCCUUUAUUAAAGAGAGCAAAUGAGACAAUAUACGUGCUAGAACCCUAGAAUUUGAUCUACUGAUUCGUCAAAAUUGAGAUCGUAUUCAACCUCGUCCAAACCUUAGUCGCUUUCGAUCUUCGCAAAAGUGUUCUCCUGCGGGGGUUGAAUGGAAAAUUCUGCCAAGUCUUUCGAUGUGUUCGGUUUCAAAGAAGAGGAGCUCCCGAAUAUGGUUGUCACUCGUGUUUGCUCAGAAUCCGUAGCAUCCGAAGCUCUCAACAUUCACAGAGCCUUAGAAAAUGAAUAUUUCGAUAUUGGAGGGAUGUCUAGGUUUGAUGAUGGGGAGCAAAUUAAUUCAAGAAAUCAAGAACUAUUUCAUCAUGUAAGACCUAAUGUAUUGUCUGGAAGAUUUAAUCCCAGCCUGGAAUGCAGUUCUAGCCCUGGAACAGCUUCUCCUGAAGACAACCAACAUGCCUUCAGAGAAUCUCAAUCCAAUGAUGACUCAGUUGAUGCAGUUUCAGACACAGAUGAGAGCAUGAAUGUGAAUAGUCGAACCCCAUCUGCUAGUCCAGCUAACCAUGAUCUCUGUGAGGAUGGUCCAUCAUCAGAAAAUUGCCAGAGUCACUGGGAAAUGGGUGAAAACAUGGCAAUUGUGUUCAAUCCUGAUUUCAUCUAUUAUAGGGAAACAUACUAUACAGAUUGUGUGGUGAACUUUUCUAAUAGUUACAUUGAAGUUAAAGGUUCAGUUGUAUCUGGAAACAUGGGGACUUUUAGUAUUCAAUUCACAGUUGAAGAUAUCAAACAGAUUCACCUAGAGUAUAGUAUGACAGCUGAUGCAGGCCAGUUUAAGAUUCGUGUUAUUUCAAGAUGCCCAGAACAAUCUGAAACCAUACACGAAGCUUCAGGGAUAGAGGAGUUGCAGUUCUCUGUUCAUGAUUCUGGUUUUCGUGAGAAAUGUGAAGCGAUAACGUCUGUGGAUGGAUAUAAGGCUGUUUGGCAUUCCAAUUCUGAGGCUGAUGAUCAUUGUAUGGGUGUGCAAAGAGAUGUAUCCAAACCAUCAUCUAAAAGAUACUUUCCCAGUUGUGAUGAGUCAUUUGAAGAGGUUAUUUAUCCUAAAGGAGAUUCUGAUGCUGUUUCCAUCAGUAAAAGGGACUUCGAUCUUCUCCAACCCGAUACGUUUGUCAAUGACACAAUAAUUGACUUUUACAUUAAGUAUUUAAAGAACAAAAUUCAACCAGAGAGGAGGCACAGAUACCAUUUCUUCAACAGUUUCUUUUUUAGGAAGUUGGCUGACAUGGACAAAGAUCCAUCUAAUGCCUUUGAUGGUCGGGCAGCUUUUCUGCGUGUCCGAAAAUGGACAAGGAAAUUGAACUUAUUUGAAAAGGAUUUUGUGUUCAUCCCUGUAAAUUACAAUUUACAUUGGAGUCUAAUAGUUAUUUGCCAUCCUGGUGAAGUGGCAAAAUUUGAAGAUGAUAUUUUAGGGAAGUUGUCCAGAGUACCUUGCAUAUUGCACAUGGAUUCCUUGCGAGGGAGUCAUACUGGCCUGAAAGAUCUACUCCAAAGUUAUCUAUGGGAAGAAUGGAAAGAAAGGCAAAAGGAAUUGUCUGAAGAUGUCUCUGCAAAAUUUCUAAAUUUGAGAUUUGCAUCCCUUGAGUUACCACAGCAGCAAAAUUUUUGUGAUUGUGGCCUCUUCUUACUGCACUAUGUGGAGUGCUUCUUGGAGGAAGAUCCUGCUGAUAUUAAUCCAUUCAGUAUAACAAAGAAUAGCCAUUUUCUUAGCAUGGAUUGGUUUCAUCCUGAUGAGCCUUCUUGCAAGCGGAGUUAUAUCCAGAGGUUGAUCCAUGAUAUCCUCCAGAAUCGUUCUUGUGAAAAUUCUCCAUCUGGUGAGAAUGAGAGCUGUGUUCCAUUCAACCCUCUUGAGAGAGGGAACCAUGAUCAAAAUGCUGUAGAAUUUAUAUCUGAUCAAUUUGGUUCUAAAAGUUGUCAUGGGGAUUUACUAUGCCCUCAAACCAGUCAGGGCUUUGAGAUGAGCCGGCUCUCAGCCUCCUCUUUGAAGGAUGGACAGUGUCCAAGCAGUUCGGGCUUGGUCUUGAGGGAGUCCUUUGAGCCUGAAUCUAAUUUGCAUGCGCAGAUUGUUGUGCACUUUGAUCGUUCAAUUUCUUUCAGUGAGGUUAAGAAUUCUUUGCCUUCAAUUGAGGAGGAGGUGGAAACUGGUGGAAAUUUUGUAUAUGCAUCCUCUAACGCGACUGGAUUUGGGGAUCUUGGAGCUGUUGCGUCUGAAACUUUUGUUUUCCCUUACUCUUCUAGGGAUGCUGCAUCUGAAGCGUCUUGGAAGACACAAGUGCCAGUUCACCAUGCUGCUGAUGAGCACAUUGGCUCCUCACCAGCAACAAUUUGUCAUGAUCAGAAUGACUUGGAAGUCGGGAUUGAUGGAAAAUGCAAAGCAGUUGGAAAGGAGAGUUUAGAUGAUUGCGCGGAUCAGCUAGCUUCUACUGUAGAAGAAAACACAGAGUGCUUUACUGAAUCUCUCCCUGCUAUGUUUCACGUAGCAGCAGAGCCACAGAAUGGUGUUGAACCCCAUAGUCAAAAUGGCAUUGAAGAUUCACUCACUGCUUCCCAGAACUUAUCUGAGUUGCCUCAGAUUGAAUUUCAUGACAACACUAAUAUUGUUUCGAGAAAUUUGGAUGCCAUUGGUAGCGAUGUGGUGGUGCAGCAUGCUGCAAAAAAGAUGCGACUGAUGACUCCUGUUGAAAGGGAAGUUGAGCUUAACCUCUCAGAAGAUCUGCAUCUUUAACGGGUGACCAUAUUACAGGCAUUUUGUUGGUGCAUUCUUGAUCGAUCCAAUUUGUACAUGCAAAUUUAGACACCUUGAGGUUGUAGCUGGAGUUGUAGGAUAUCGUGUUUCAUCGUGUAGUUUAUGACUCGCGGAUACAAUUAUUACUUUCCCAUUUCGUGUUAUUAUACAUGCUAAUGUCAAUCUAACGCCAAUACUUUCCUACCGACA